AUGAUGGAGCUUUUUUUGGGUAUUGAAUCGAACGACAUGAAGAUACACAAGCUAAAGAAGUAUGUCGAAAGCGAGGCAUUUCUCAACGUGUGUUUCUUUCCACAUGAUUUUCUUGAGGGAUUGGUUGUGUUUGCAAUUGAGGUACUUGGAAGCGCAGAACCUGAAAAGAAGGCACCGUUUACAUCGGGUGGAAACGAGGCACGGUACACUGUACUCAGGGUGUUGAAUAAGUUUGUGCUUGGAAAGACGCAUGGAACGGAGCUUGUGCAGCUGCUGCAUGUGGCAUUGAAGAACGACAAUCUGCCAAACAUGAUUCUUGCGAUGAAGCUACUGAGUUCGCUCAGUCGAUCAGGAGUGGUAUCUGGAGAGCUAGGGGACAUUCAUGCAGCAGUUAUGCUUGGAGUAAUGCACGAUCUGUUUGGCAGCAUUGACACCGGGGAUGAGGAGCUGAUUGAGAUGUCUCUUUUUGCAAUUGGCGAGAUGUUUGACCAUGUGCAUGUGUUUUUUAUGGGCGUAGGCCACUGCGAAAUGAAACUCGAGCAGUUUCUUGCUAGGGCGUAUCGGCAUGUUAGGAUUGCAAUUGACAACCGACGAUUUAUGGACCUUGCAGCACGCAGAAGGGUGUUUUGUGUUGAGAUGUGCUCUAUGAUAUGUGGAUUGCUGAAGCUUACGUGCGAGAAUGCCUCAGUGCUGAUGAGGAUGGGGGCAUACCAGAUGCUUGUAGCAGAUAUCGCACUGGUGGGGAUGGCGUACUGCCCACCUGAAUGCCUAGAGAUGCGAAGGGAGAUAUGCUACUUCUUUGGGAAGAUAUGUGCAGCAAGCAAGGAUGCUUUUCUGCUUGCAAUGGAGAAGGUUGACAUGUUCUCGUUUCUGUUUUCUCCGGACAUGCUUGGCUCUGGGAUGAGUGGGCUCAGGAUGUUUUUUGAACUAUUUGGGCUGUUUAGGGAUACGCUUAGUAAGUCCACGGGCAUGGACUUUGCGAUACGGGUGUCUGAGGUUGUUGUGACGGUUUGCUGCUCGGCUGAGAAAACAUGCAAUGAGAUUGAGAACGAGCAGUGCAACGAGGGGAUAGAAAGCAAUGAAUGGAAACUCCGAGUGCAUAUUGAGCUGAUGAAGAUGUGUUUGAAGGAGAUGAACACGGUAUUGAAGCAUUUUGGAACAAGGAUUGGGGAUGCUGAUGACAUGAGCCCGGUGUAUAUCAGGAGUUUUUAUGACCUAGACACGAUAUUUGCAGGUGUUUUCAGGGUUGUAGGGGUAAUAAGCAAGCAAUACAAGGAAGUGAGUGAGAAGAGGAAAGAAGGAGGUGUAGACGGAGCGGAGCGAUCAUGUGCAAGAAUGCAGAAUCUGAAUGUGUGCAAGGAGAGCAGAGAAUCGCUGAAAGAGAUGGUGUUUUUGUUUGUGUGCUGCUUCAAGGAGGUGAUAGGAAGGAUCAGAAUGGCUGAGAAAGCAGGAGGCAUCGAUAGGUUUUCGACCACAGAGAUCCAUGUGCUGCGUAGGAUGUUUGAAAGGUCGUUUGGCGUGUUUUUGUGUGAGAUUGACUGGAAUGAGUAUGUUGUGGGAGAGUUCUAUUCGGUACUGGGCAUGCUGUGGGAGAAUGUUGCAAUGGAUAUUUCGGAAUGUUUUUGUGAGAGAAGCUUUGAGUUGUGGGUUAGGAGCGAGAGGUUUAUUGGAGUGUGGAAGGCAGUAUGUAAGAAUGCGAUUUUAGGCAAUCCUGUUGUGUCGUAUGGGUUGCGAUGGAUUCUUACAGAGCUUGGGAAGGGCGAGGCCGAGGGAAUCAAGCGGGUUGUGAGGCAUUUGGUGCUUUUUUUCAGCAACGAUGCAAAAAAGAUAAAGCGUACGAAUGUGUUUCUGAUGCACAAGAUGAUAUCUGUUCUUAUGACGAAGGAUGUAAGGAACAUGAGAUGCUUUGAGAUUCUGCUUGAGGUUUUUGAAGCAUUCCGAGGGAUACCUGAGAGCAGUGCGUUUUUCCAGAAGUAUAUUUUUGACAACUUUCAUCGGAUUGUUGAACACUUGAUGCGACUCUAUGACAGCCAGAAGAAGGAGAUUUUUGUAAGGUUGAUAUUUGCACUACCAGUGAGUGUGAAUCUUGUUGAGGCCGACAUUCAUGUUCUUGUGAGGCCGAUUGAGAAGGGCAUGGGGCUUGACAUGGGCACGCGGAUAAGGGCAUUGUCUAUUCUUGUGUAUGUGCUUGAUUUUUCGAAGCAGGAGAGGAUUGCAGGGCUUGAAGAUGUGUGGAGAAGGAUUAUUAAGGGUGUGUAUGAAGGUCUGGGAGAUGGAAGGACGUCGCUGUUGUGUUCGAAGAUCCUAGGCAAGCUGAAAAGUUACCAUAGGGUAUUUAUAGGGCAUGGCGAAGGGGAUGGAAGGAGUGUGAAUGGAGACGUAAUGCGAAUGGUGGUUGGUGGAGAUGUGCCAUUGUGCAGUUUAUUUUUUGAAGCCGUGGAGAAGCUCCGAGGAGGAUAUGAGUACAGAGAAAUGGAUUUUGGAUCUGAAGGAGCGAUUAUAAGGUUUAGAAGAGUGUGCGGGAGGAAGAUUGGAGAAGAGGAGCAAGGAAUUGCGUUUAAGUUUGUUGCAAGAAUGCUGUAUGGUAUGAUUGGAAUAGAUGCAGUGAAAAAGAAAAAGGUGAUAUGCAACUUGAGGGAGAUUGUCAGGGAGACAAGCAAUUCAGAAGUUGCUGUGCUGAAUGUAUUAGAGCAUGUAUACACGGGAAUGGUUGGGAAUGAUAUGAGACUGUUGGGCAUGGGGAUUGAUAUGCAAUGCAUGUAUGAUGGGAUUCUUGGGCUUUUUAACUGCUACGGAACAAGCCAUGAGGAGGAUGCACAAGGGCUCUUACACAGUAUAUAUGGGCUGGGGUUUAUUAACAAGAUUGUGAUGUUUUACAAGGGAAGGGAUGAACGGAUAAGCAUGCUACCUGAAUGCGAGGUGCUGCUUGAUGCACUUGCUGAGUCUUUUGGGGAUGUUGGGAGCAAGAUGCCGUUUAUGGUGUUUUUGGUGAUGGUGCAGCGAGGAUAUGAAAUGAUUGGAAGGAAGAGUGAAGGGUUUUGGAAUGAGUUUUACGGAAGCAUGUUUCUGAAGCUUGAAGGGCUGUGCAAGCUAUCUGACGAGAGGAGCAAGGAGGCAGGGAUGAAUGGAAUGCUGUGUUUAGCAGCAGUGAUGCCGGUAAGGGAGAUGGUACGACUAAGGAUGUGUGGGAAGAUGUUUUCGAGUGUGUAUGGGCACUUUAUACCGCCUGUGGCAGAUGACUAUGAAGUGCCAUUGAAGCUUGUGGUUUUUAUACUGAGGUACAAGUAUGGAAUGGUGAGGAGAUGUGCAAGGCUGGAAGGCCUGGGAAAUGAUGAUGCAGAGGGAGAGCUUGGGGUAUUUGUUGGUAGGUUGUAUGAUGUGAAUAGAAGAGUGGUUGAGUUUUCUAAGCGAGUGCUUUUGGAGGUGAUGAAGAAUGAAGCGCCAGGGAUACUUUGCAGGCACAAGGGAGCGAUAUUUAAGUUUCUGAAAAGCGAGUAUGUGAUUUGGAGCCGGACGAUGAUGGUGAGGCAUCUCGAGGUGUUUGUGUUUUGCGUAGUGAAUGGAGGAGAGAUAUUUGAUGAGUCUGAGAUGAGAUACCUGAUUGGCAAGUUUAUUGACAACGCGAUGCAUAAUGAAGAACUGAAGGAGAUUGAAGGAGCAUAUAAUGGGCAUGGUGAUGCUGCGAAAGUUGCAGCAAGAGGAUGUGAGUGUGAGAGGAGUGGAGGAGACGAGAUUGUUGAGAUUAGGGGGAUAGCGAGGAGUGUGAGUGAAUUGAGUGCAAGGGACUAUAUAGAGAUGUGCAUAGAGGGGUUACCUGAAGUGAGGUGUAGCAGAUGCAUGCAGUGGAUUUACACAAACGAAGAUGCAUGGCCAAAUCAGUUUGCGAACGAAGGAAACGAGCUGAUGUAUUGGAUGAAUGAGUUUUACAUGAUAGUGAUCAAGUACUCGAAGAAUGCGGAGGAGAUAAGGAAGGGGAUGGAGUAUGUGAUGAAGCAUGCGAAUGGAGAUAUGACUGAGUGCAUAAAAAUGAUGUAUUUGCAGAGGCCUAUUGAUGUAAGGAAGAUGCUGCUUGAGCAAGUGGAGGCAAGGAUGAAUGAAAGGCAUGAUUACAAGGUGAUUGGCCUGCUUGUUGGAAUGUACAAUGUGUUUGAGAUGCCGGAUGACUCGAGGAUUACGAUGUUGGCUAUAAAGGCACUGAAUGAGAUGCGAACAUCAAAGGAUUUUCUGGUGAUGAUGCAUGAUGAAAGGAAUUUGGUGUUUUUUAAGGCGCUUGAGCUUGGGCUUCUGCUGAAAGGGCAGGAGCCGGUGUAUAGCGAGAUAUUGGAAGCAUAUGUGGCAUUGGAUGGAUAUGGGAAGGAGUAUGCAACGAAAGCAUAUGCAAAGAUUGUGGCAAGUGUGGGAAGGCUUGGGGCGCAAUUUAUUGGAUGUAUGAUUCGAAGGAUACAUGAGUCGGCAGUGUAUGAGCUAUGUGUGAGCCUGUGCAAGGAAUCGGAUGACUUCAGUAGGAUAAUGGCUGAGAUGAAGAACAUGAUUGCAGAGAGGAUUUCGCAAGCAUAUUUCCGAAUGGAAGGAGUGCGUUUGUUUGAUGGGAAGGUGUUUUUGAAUGCAUACAAGUUGCUUUGUUUGAUAGGAUACGAGAUGAGAACUAUUGAUGUGCAAGUGAUUCUUGGGAUGUAUUCUGAGAUGAGGAGUAAAGCGAAAGGAGGAUAUGAGAUACGAAGGCUUAUAGGAAGGUGUAUUGGAGAGUUCUGUGCGGAGGAUUUUGAGAUGCUGUUUAAGGUUGAUCCUUGGCUUGUGAUGAUUGACGGGAUUGAUCCUGGAUGUUUCAGCGGCAAGCUGAGUCCAUCAACACUUAAGUGUAUGUUGAGAAGUGUUGACAAGAGGGACAAGGAGAAGGUUGUGAAGCUUGUGGAGUGUUUUGGAGAUAACAAGCACAUGCUGGUUGAGCUUUUUGUUGGGUUGAAGAUAAGGAGCGAGGAGCUUUUGAAGUAUUCUCGAGAGAAUAUUCAGAAUGUGAAUUUGAGGGGGGUGUUGCUGUAUUAUCUGUGUACUUUUGAGGCAAGCAGCAUGUAUUUUGAGAUGCUAUUUAAGAUGCCUUAUCAGGACCGAAGGUAUACGGUGUAUUGCUUGGAAAGGCUUGUUGACGCGGCAGGAGCGGGGGUGUUUGAAGAGAUAGUGCUGGUUGUGCUGAGGUCUGAGGUACGAUCGAAGACGAGCGGAUGGAUAUUGUUUCCACUGAUGAUGUCGAGGCCCGAGCUGAUUAGCAAAAGAAUAGGAAUGGAGCUUAUUGGGGUGAUAUGCAAGCUGAUUAAGUCUAAUGUGCGAUCGCAGGUAAGGAUUGGAUUUAGGCUGUUUAAGGUGUUGUAUGAUAGGUACUGUGAGUGGAAAGAGGCGAAUGAAGGAGAGGCAUACUGUGAAGAAGGAAUGAUGAAUGUGUAUACUAUGAUGUUUGUUGGCUAUGUGAGUUCUGACAAGGAUUAUGUUGAUGAAAUGAUUGCAGGAUGCAAGCUGAGGUUGAAUUUUGGGCUUUUGAGUUUGGAGCCUGAGAAGGUGAAUACAGAAAAGAUGAUGAAGGCGGUUGAAGAGGAGAUGCAAGGAGAGAAGUGUGAAGAGUAUAAGAUGGAUGUGAUCAGGGCUGUGCUGGAAGUUAUUCCGUUGAGUGUUUGGAUGAGCGGAGAGGUUAUGGCAGGAACUAUGCAACGAAUAGUGAAAGGAAAGAUGAUGAAUUAUAAAGAGAUGUGUAUGCAUCUUGAAGAUGAGGAGGUCAAGUAUGCAGGAACAAGCUUGUAUAGUCUGAUGAGUGUAUUGUGCGAUAGGAUGGAUGUGGAUGAGAGCGAGGAUGUGGAGGGCGACUUGAUGAGUUGUUUGCUGAUUGUUAAGUUUUUGAUUGCAGAGUAUGGCAAAAACAAAAGUGCGAAGUAUUUUGGAUGGAUAGAGCAAGGGAUUGAAAGGAUAACUUAUGAGCUGUGUGAAAUGGAAGGGAUGGAGAGUGUGGUUUGUGAGAUGUGUUCGAUGCUUAUGGAAGCACUUGGAAGCGAGCUGCUGGAUGUUGAGAUGAUAAGUAGCAAGGUGUGUUUUAUGAUGCCUGACCUGAGGAUACCGCUUUCAAGGAAGAUGGAGAUGCUUGGGCAGCUUUCUGCAAAGGGGUGUGAUGAAGAUGUUGUAGGGAUGCUGGCAUUAUCUGUUGUGAAUAGGUACAAGUAUUGUGGAGUUUGUGUAGGAGACGAGGCGCAUGUGUUUUUUAUGAAGGGAUUGUGCUCCAGAAGUAAGGAACUAAGACGAGGAUGCAUUGAUUUGCUGAAUGCGAUACUUCCUCGGAAUGAGAGCUUAAGAGUUAGAUGGCUGUUGAAUGUGGAUUGGAAGGAAUGCAGAAUGGUUGAGUAUGUAUUUCUGGUGAUGAUGAUGUAUUCGCAUGAUGAUGUUAGGAUUGUUGUAAGGAAGUGCGGUGGCUAUGGAAUAGGAGAUGUGAGUGUAUGGAGGAUGGAUCAAGUGGAGGAUGAGCUAAGACUGAGUAUUGGAAAUAUGGAAGAUGUUCUGCAAAACGGGAUUGAGGGAAUUGAUGUGUAUGGCGACCGGAUGAGUGUUGAUGAGAUUGCGGAUGCCUUUUACAGUAUGCAGGAUGCUGUAAGAAAUGUGUUGCCUGAUGUUCUGAAGAGAGCGAUAUGUAGGAUGGAGAAGAUGGAUUAUAGGGAGGUGUUUGGAGAGUUUGUUGGGUUUAUUGAGCAAAUGGCAAGCAUGCCUCGUGUGGUAGAAGGGUUUCUGCAAGGGUUUGAGUGUAUCCUGAGGUAUGCAAAAGAUGAGUGCAAGGAUGAGUUUGAUAGGAUGGUUGAGAGGUUUGCAGGAGGAGAUGGAUGGUAUGGGAUACUGGAGUAUGCUGGCGAGAAUCAGAGGAUAAGGAUUUAUGAAAGACUUUUGGAUGAGGAUAGGAUGCUUGGGAUGUGGCGCAGCGUGUGUGUUUUUCCUGAAACGAUGCAAGGAAGCUUUUUACAGCAGAUUGGAAAGACUAGAGAUGCACAGGUGAAGUAUGAGGAAGUACAGAAGAAGGCAAGUGAUCGCAAGAUAUCGUUUGAAAAGGAGGAGUAUGGCGAGUGGCAGAAGAGAUGGGUUGAGUGUGCAAAGGAAUUGCAGCAAUGGGAUGUGUGCUAUGAAUAUGGAAUGCAUGUUAAGGAUUAUGAGCUUGGAAAGGAGUGCCUAUGGCACAUGUGUGAUUUUAGCAAUCAGGGAGCAUUGGAAAAGUUUAAUGGGCUUGUGUGUGCAGGAUCUGGGUUUGAGCAGAGACUUUACGAGGCGUUUGGGGAUUUUUUUUUGAAUAUGUCGCUUGAGAAGAUCCGAGGAUGCAUUUCUGAUGGGAUUAGGGAGAUUCGAAGGUAUCCAGCAUGUUCUGUGAUCGGAUCGAAGCUGCUGAUGCAUUUGCAGAUUAUGAUUGAGAUGAUUGAAUUUGAGCCGAUGCUGAGCAGCAAAGCGGAUGGAGAGACAUUGACAUCGGUUUUGUUCAGAUGGAAGGACAAGGAGCCAUGCGUGCUUGAUGGGAUUGGAAUAUGGGGAAUGUUUAAAGCAUGGAGAGUGCAUGCAUAUUCGAAGCUUGGGGCGCCUGACAGAAUGCAGGUGGAUAACAAGGCAGCUGCAAGGGGGCAUGUAGGAAUACAGCAUCCAGGUAUAAAGGUCGGAGGCAAUGAUAAUGGAAUGAAAGUACGAAGGGAGAUUGCAAGCAGAGCAGUGAAUGAGAUGGCGAAGGUACUGAAUGCAUUUUCUAAAGCUGCGAUUGUCGAUGGAUACUGCGAUGUGGCGUUAUUUCAAUUGAGGGAGGUGUUUGACUUGAGUAGCAUUAAGGUGUGUGAUGCGUUUGAGAAGGUUGUGCAUGAGCUUGUAUGCCUGCUUGGUAAGGGCGAAUACAAGAUGGGGCUUGACCAAUGCAAUCUGACGAAUAUCCAGUAUUUCAAUGAUUUGCAGUGCUCAGCAUUGAUUGGGAUGAAGGGGACGUUCUGUGAGAAGAUGGGCAAGGCUUCUGAAGCAGAGAAGUUUUACCUACAGUCUGUACAGGUGUGCAAUGUGUUUGGGGAAAGUUGGCUUGCAUGGGGAAGGUUUUUGAUGAAUAAGGCGGAGAAGGAGGAGUGCGUAGUGUAUGAGGAGAGUUUUUUUGCGAUGCUGCAGGGUGUUAUAUACAGCGACGGAAAGAAUGCACGCAAAGGGAUACUGAAGCUACUGAGGAUGCUGAAGAAAGAUGGAAGGAUAUGUGAAGAAGGUCUGCUUGAGAAGAUACUGUGCGAAGCAGACAUGUCGAGAUUUAUUUAUUUUGUACCUCAGCUUAUUGAUCUUCUGAGCAGAAGAGAAGUGGGGGUUGCCGAGAUGAUACUUGUUAAGGUAGCGCAGGAGUAUGCGCAGGCAGUGAUACGGCCGUUGAAGCUGUGCAGGGAGAGGCUGAGGAUGCGUAUAUAUCCUAGGAAGUCUGAGAAUGAGUUUAUGAUGCAAAUGAACAAAUUGAAAAUGAGGUCGGUGAAUGGGAAUGAAAGAUGUUGUGAUGUUGAGAAGAAGAGGCAUCAUGAUGUUUUUCUGGAGAAUGUGAUGCGGGUGUACAACCAGGUGAAGAAUAGGAGAUAUGGAAGGGAGCUUUGGAAGAUACAGUGCUAUGUUUAUGAAUCGUUCCACUCGUGCAGAUUUAAGGAGGAGGAUCUGGUUUAUGAGGAGAUAGAGAAGAUUUUGAACAAUGCAGUGCAGCAUGUGAUAGGCAGAAGGGCGCCGAGUGCGAUUGAUCAGGUGAGUGUUCUUAAUGAGAUGAUAUCGCAUGUAUCGCUUUGUGGAGUUGGAAAGGAGCUGAAGGAAGAGGUGAUGUCAUGUGUUUUCAGGAUGAGAAGCCUGUGCCCUCUUGAGAAGAUAUGUGAUCUGGUUGAGUUUAGAAGCAAGCUGAAGAGGGUUGUUGAAGAAUCGUUUUGCAAGAAUGACAGGCUUGGAGAAGCGGGGAUCAAUAUGAUGCUACACAGGUCUGUGCACGAGCAUCGGAUGUUUGAGCAGUAUUGCGAGAUAAGGAGCAACUACAAGCGUUUGGUGGGUAUUGAGAUGUUUGAGCCCAGAUGGAGCUAUUUGCAUAGGAAAAUGAUUGGCAGAAGCAGGAUUCAUGUGAGAGGAAGCGAUGGGCGGUUAUACAGAUAUGAGAUACGAAAAGUGAAGGGGGGUAAUGGAAGAGAGCUGGUUGUGCCACAGAUGUCGUUGAUGGUAAAUGAGGUAGUAAGCGAGCAUGUGAGGCUUCGAAGGAAAGAAGCGGAGCUGAAGCUGUUUGUGCCUGUGAUGAUGUGUGAAGAUCUUGCUGUUGAGUGUGUUAAGGAGCCUGUGUAUGAGAUGAGCGAUGUGUAUGGAAGGAUGCUGAAUGGAUAUGGAAUGUGUGUGGACGAGUGUGUACUGUUGUGUUUGAACCACUUUGCAGCAUUGUAUGAAGUGGAUGAGAAGGAGAGUGAUGUGGUUGGAAGGAGGUAUGAUCUUAAGGACAGGACGCUGAGAAGAGUGACUAGGGAUGUUGCUAGCAAAGAUGCAAUGUGUGAGUGCCCAAAUAUAAGGAAGGAAGGAUGUAUACAGCAUGAAGAAGUGCAUGCAAACAUAGAGAAUGAAAUGAAAGCAGUGAUAUGUGGGCAAAAAGAAAGGUAUGCAUUGAAUAUAGCACUGAAGGAAGCAUCAUGUCUAGGAUGUGGAGAAGAAGGGAUAGAUAUUGAGCCAUGCACCUACAGAUAUGAUGUUACCAAGCAUCGGAAGCAAGAAGCAUAUGAGAAGAUGUACAAUACAUUUAAAGACAAGAGUUGCAUUGAGGAGUAUUUCAAGAAUGAGUAUAAGAGCUAUGGGAAGUAUUUUUGGAUGAAGGACAGGAUGCUUGUGAGCUAUUCGAUGAAUACGGCAUUUAUGUAUUUGCUCUCGAUUACGGAAAGAGAUGUAAAGAAGCUUGUAGUUACUAAGGAGUCGGGGUGCUUUAUGAGCAGAAUGGUGUGUAAUGAUGCGCAUGAAGUGCUGAGUAGAAGGAGAAUGGAGGAAGGGGUGAUAAGCCCGGGAUAUCAGAAGUUCUUUGGAAGAGAGGGGAUAGAAGGAACGCUGCUGUCUGUUAUGUAUCACUUUGCAGAGGUGCUGAAUGAAGAAGACUGGUAUGAGGAUGUAUUGAAAGUUUUGGGAAGCGGAGUGAUUGAGGAUUGUACAGAAGAGAUGGAGGAGAAUAUUUGUAAAGAAGGAGUGGAGAAGGUGAAGUAUGUGGUUGGCAAAGGAGAAGAUGGAACCUAUAAUGUUAUACCGAUGGUUAGCAAAUGGAUGGAUAUUUCUAAGCUUGGGCAAGUAGAUCCGAGAUGGAUUGCAUGGCUUUGA